AUGGCUGAAAAUCAGGGUCAUACCCAGCCCAGUUAUCCUUACCCCCCAUCCACGAGGAGAAGCGUGCCUAGACGUAACACUGAUAUCAAACAGCCCACCCCGAUUAUAAGCUACGGCAACCCGAACCAGGCCCAUAGGAGGUUUUCGAGCGUCUUAAACGCAACUGAUCCUAUAUCUAUUCCCGGCAAGCCGAUCACAUUAACUCCCACCUUAACCGAAGAACCGGGAAUUAUUCAACCGGGAGUUGGUUUCGUUGCCCAAGAGGCCGCCCGUCUUAACAUCGCAUCGGAAAACGAAUCCCUUCCUCGCUUAAAUUCCCCGUCAGUCGCCUCGACGAGUUUAGCGACUGUAGCCCCGAGCGAAGCUGGAUCAGGAGGCUCGGUUAGGAGUGCCUCGUCAGCUACGGAAAGGCCUUUUAUGAAUCGAGACGCUACAGGAAAAGCAGGCUCUCGACGAAAGAGGUUCCCUAAUAAACAACCUAAUGCGCUCAAUUUUCUGGAUUCGGACUCUCCUACAGUUACGCCGGAAAGCAUUCGCAGAUCAAUGGAAGAAGCUGCUAGUCGAUCGCCAACCUCCAUUCAAGGCCAGUCGCCCUCGAUGCGUAGUGCAUCCUCGGUAUCGAGUAACUUUAGAGACGACGCUUCGGAACUAAUUGGUGAGCAUGAAACCGACCGAAGCACCAGUCCAGAGCGUGGUCCUGAGGUAAAUGAUGAGAAUCAUCUGCCACCACACAACGGAACUCGACCAGCAGGAAACGAGAAUAGGAAGCGUAGCUACGACUUUACAGAGAACCCUAGGGGAAACUCUGAGCAUUCACAUGGACCACCAGGAGAUUUCGCACCACGAGAGCCUAGCCGAGGCCGGCCGCAACACGCUCCAAGGGCCGAGAGAUUGCCAGUCACAGGUUAUCAGCUUCUUGCCUCGAAAAUAUCUACGUCUUCGUCCGAUCAUACCAACAAUCUUCGACCCAUUUACCGUAGAUUCGAGACAUUGAAUCAUCGGCUGUUACUGUAUCUUCAAGAUGAACUUUGCGAACUAGAAGAGCAACUUCAUCGACUUGAUGCAGCGGAUACGCAAUCUAGACGUUUGCCGAAUUGUAUUUUCCCGGCGUCGCGAAGAGCAGAGUAUAUGGCUAGCGGGGAGCUUCAUUGGCACAAGACCGAUAUCCUCGGUAAGAUCGCUUUCAAGCUAGAUCAGUACAACCGUAUAUUGUCAUCAUUCAAAGAUACUCAGGGGAUGCCGGCCCCAACUAUGGAAGAUAUACACGAAUAUCGUAGCUAUCUCGCAACCCAUGCUCCAAUCGCCGAGGUUGAGACCCGUUUCCUUGAUCCAACGGACGACUUGGUAUGUCCAAGUUACGAAUAUCAAGAAGUGGUUGACGAGGAUCCCAUUCCGACGCCAAUCCCGCAUCAUGAUUACCCAAUUGGCGAACAUAGAAGCGUGUCUCCUAUUCCAUCUCCUAUUAAGUCUCGGCCCACCUCGCCUUAUCGACAAGAGGAAAUCGGUACCGAGACCGUCUUCAGCAUGUAUGAAGAAUCACCAAUCGUUCCUCUGUCUAUAGGGAUCACGGUGUCUGUAAUCCUUCCGAUUUUGACAUUUUUAAUCAUACCGGGAUAUCUAGGCAGGUUGACAGUGGUAUUCCUGGUGGGUCUUGGUAUCCUGGGAGCCCUGAUCCAAGGGGGUAUCGUUGCUGUCCGGACCUGGGAGCUUUCUAUUUGCGUUGGCCUUUACGGCGCUGUUAUGGCUGUUAUUGCAGGAAUUGUAUGA